CUCACGAAUUGCUACAAAGUGGGAAAUUUUAAAAAAGGGUUUUUUUUGGACUUUUUUUUGGGUUUAAAUAUAUAAAAAACUGGAUUGCUUCUUCUGCUUCCAUCUUAACUGCCUCUUUUGCUUUGUUUUUUUGUGUUUUGUUUCUUCGACAGUGCUCUGUGAUUUUCCCCGCUCUUCUGUUAAUCCUAAAUUGCCAUUUUCGUGCAAACUGGUGUGUAUUAUUAUUUCUCUUCAAUUAUCGUUUCUUUUUUCCUCUAAUUUUUGCUCUUUUAUGAAAAGGGAGGAAAAUGGUUACUUUAAACUCCGCAAAUAGGGAAAACUCAAUACAUUGAAAAAAAUGUUUACUUUUUUUUUUCAUGGAUGAGAUAUAAUUUGGGUAUUUGAAAAAGAAAAUAUCUUUUUUCAUUUCUGGGGUUGUUUAGGAUAUGCAAAUUCAAGUGGGUAUGGGAGGCUGGGAUUGGAACAAUGAAGAUAAGGCUACGGUUGCCUUUGUUUUGGGAACAAAAGCAUUUGACUUCUUGCUAACAAGUUCAGUUUCAAAUGAGAACCUUUUAAUGGCUAUAAAUGGUGAUGAGAAUCUUCAAAACAAGCUCUCAGAUCUUGUGGACCGCCCCAACGCUUCUAAUUUUAGCUGGAACUAUGCCAUUUUCUGGCAAAUUUCGACUUCCAACUCUGGCAAUUGGGUACUCGGUUGGGGAGAUGGGUGUUGCAGAGAGCCUAGAGAAGGGGAAGAAUCCGAAGCUACUCGGAUUCUUGCUCCCCGACUCGAAGACGAGACUCUGCAGCGUAUGAGGAGAAGGGUGUUGCAGAGAUUGCAUACUUUGUUCGGUGGAUCAUGUGAGGAUAAUUAUGCUAUUGGUUUGGAUAGAGUCACUGAUACUGAGAUGUUCUUUUUAGCAUCCAUGUAUUUCUCUUUUCGUGGAGGAGAAGGCGGUCCGGGGAAGUGUUUUGCUUCUGGGAACCAUGUUUGGAUCUCGGAUGCAUUGAAACCGGGUUCCGAGUAUUGUGUUCGGUCGUUUUUGACAAAAUCUGCUGGAAUUCGGACCAUUGUUUUGGUUCCUACGGAUGUUGGUGUUGUUGAAUUGGGGUCUGUGAGACAUGUCCCUGAAAGCUUAGAGUUGCUGCAAUCGAUAAGAAGUUUGUUUUCAUCGAGUUCUUCGUUGCUUGGGGCUAAAGAAAUGGCAGCAGCCAUGCCUGUGGUGAAUGAGAAGAAAGAUGAAAAUCCCCGAAUCUCGAAUUCGGGGAUUGUUGAAACAGUUGAAGGAGUUCCAAAGAUUUUUGGGCAGGAACUUGCAGUUAGAAAUAUUGAUGAUAGAGCUGCAUGGGGUGCACAUGCUGAUGAUGGUGGCAGGCUUUCGUUUUCGAGUCAUCAAAAUGGUGUGCAUGGUUUGGGUUUGCAACAUGUUCAUGGAGUGAAACAAUGGAGUUCACUUGCUUCUCGAAAAAAUACGGUGAAUAGUUUUGAAGAGCUUGCUAAAGGAGCUAGGGGCGACUUUCAGGUUAACCACUAUCAAUCACAAGAGCCCGCUCAAAUACAGAUUGAUUUUUCAGGGGCUACUUCAAGGCCUUCUGCCAUUACUAGGCCAUUAAGGACUGGUUUUGAGCACUCGGAUGUCGAAGUUUUGUGCCUGGAAGAGAAGCCAAGUGCAGCUGAUGCUAGGAGGCCCCGGAAAAGGGGUAGAAAGCCUGCUAAUGGAAGAGAAGAGCCUCUAAAUCAUGUCGAAGCAGAGCGGCAGCGGCGCGAAAAGCUGAACCAGCGGUUCUAUGCCUUGCGAGCUGUGGUGCCCAAGAUAUCAAAGAUGGAUAAAGCUUCAUUGUUAGGAGAUGCAAUUGCUUACAUCAACGAACUUCAGGCAAAGCUAAAUGCCAUGGAAGCCGAGAGGAAGAGGUUUGGCAGUAGUACUCCAAGAGUUUUGUCAGGAUCGGAUCCUAAUGCAAAUGCAAAUGCAGAGAACCAUAUCCGAGCUCCCGAUAUCAAUGUUCAAGCCAUUCAUGAUGAGGUUGUUAUACAAGUAAGCUGCCCUCUAGAUUCACAUCCUGCAUCAAGAGUAAUCCAAGCACUCAAAGAAGCACAGAUCAACAUGCUCGAGUCAAAACUUUCCGCAACAGAUGACACCGUGUACCAUACAUUCCUUAUCGAGCCUCAAGGAUAUGAGAAGCUAACAAGGGAGAAGUUGAUUGCAGCAUUUUCGCGCGACUCAAAUCCCUUAGAUAGCACACAAUCGCAUUUAACAUAGUCCAUAGGUGCAAAAUUAAACUGAAAAACAAGAUUAGAAAAAGCUUCUUCAGAAUGUUUUUGAUACACAGGUAGUAAGUAAUCCUUAAAGAAGCAUAAGGAACCUGGUAGGAGUAGAAGAAAUAACUACUUAUUGUCCAAAUAGGACAGCAAAAUUUCUAUGAUUUCUUUUUAUAUCAUAUUCAUAUCUGUCAUAAUGAGAUAUCUUUGCAAGAUGAACUAAAUUUGUAAAUUUAAUGUUGCUUAGAAAUUGAUACUUAUUUUUUUUGUUC